AUGAGCAAUGCGAGUCAAGAGAAUAGUCAGACAGCGAGCGAGGAAACGGCGACUGUCGUACCACGACGAUGCCUCGAAGUCGUUGAGCGCCACAACCGCGGGACGCUCUCAUACGGUCGCGCGGUCUUACAACUCAGUCAAAUCCUCGGAGACGUCAGUGGCGGGAUGCCCCCCGACGAAGCCGAAGGCGUUGUUGCUAGCUACGUUGAGAAGCUCAAGCGUGGCGGCAAUGCAAAUCGAGAGGCGUCCGCAAGACCUGAAGAAGGUGCCGAGGUCGACGAGACUGACGACGCGGUCGACGCUGUCGGGAAGCCUGCUGCAUCGAAUAAGCUUCAACAUAAGCGACGUCGGACCGGAGAUGACUCCAGUGAUGAAGACGAGUACUGGCAACGAAGACGGGCGGACCCUUCGAAAUACGCUUGGACUGCAGAAGGAUUCCUCGACGAACAUUUCGUCAUGCACCCAGACGCCAGACGGACAAUUGAGCUCAUCCGCGAAUACACCAAAGAUCUCCGCCAUGCAAGGGAAUCCCUCGCGACUGCUGUUCGAGCACCUGAGUUCCCCAAGUCCAAAUGGACUUGUAUCCUCGGUGGGGAACCCGUCGACCUUGAUGAAGUCAUUUGUGCGGAAUAUGCCCCUACCACAGGUGCUAAGCAAGUCGCAAAGCUGGGCACCCUUGAGAUCACAAUGCCGGACAACACACCAGUCAGAAGGAUUCUUAAUGCCAGCGACUGGUUGCUCACCUGGCAAAAGGCAGCAGAUGCCAUUGUCUUUGCUUUCCCCCACCAACGAGGUGAACUCACAGCAUACGCUCAACACAUUUUGCGCACCUUCAAGGCCAUUGCUGUCGCGACUUAG